UUGCGUAGGAAAUAUGAAAGUAGAGUACAUUGGGCUAGGACAGUAGCUGCACUGCAACCGUCAUAUUAACGAACUUAUUAAAAGAGGUCCGUUCAAAUGGCAACUAAACACGAAGAGGGACCGCCACCCUUUGAAAGAAAUCGGGGCGAUGAACAUAACAAAAGUAACUUAAGCCGAGAAAUUGACGAAAGGAUUUUCACGUACCUAUCAGAUUUGGUUCCUUUUAGUACCUCUAGAUUUGGUAUUCUUCAAUUAGGACCACUUUGCAACGCAUCGAUGAGUUGUGCAUUUUCAGAGGCGAACUGUCAUGUGAAAACUGUGUUGAAUGAGAACAAUUUGGCCUCGAUUUUGGAGUUUAAUCAGCUCUUCAGUAAAGGGAUUCAGCUUUUACGUGAUGUGAAAGAGAAUAAACGGGAUCUGGAAGAACACGAGCUUGCAGCAUUAAAAAUUCUAGAUGAUUUUUUCAAAGAAAAGGGUCAGCACGAAGAAAGUCUCAUCAAAAUCUUACAAGGGCAUCUUGGUGAUGGGGAUGUCACAGAAACAGAAAAAUUAAUUGCUUUGGCCGAACACCUUUUAGGAAAGCUUUCACCAGGAAAAUCCUACAUCAUUGAUUCAGGUGUUGAAAGAAAAGGAAAAUGUGGAUGUGGAUUUGACCAUUGUAAUAGUGACCCAGUAUUUGGAAGCACUGGAUUAGGUCAUGAGGAGGUGUGGCAUGGUUCCAUAGACAUCAUUUUACUUUCCAAUGGUGGAAUACCAGAGACUGUGGCUUCUUAUUUUGAUGACAGUCAGGGCUUAGUAGCAGUUGCAUCCCAUAUAAAUGAUUGUGAGUAUAAAACAGAUGAGGAAUACUCAGAAAGGAGGACUUCUGAAAGAAAACCUUCAUUGUCAUGUGCUGAAAGUAGAGCUAUAGCUCAAACAAUUGUCUUUUCCUUUUGCCAAAGAAAAAAGCAUCCACUUUUUUCAAAUUUCUUAAUUCCAAACAUUUUCAUAUCUCCCAAAGAUUUUCGAAUCAUCAUGUAUGAUUCAGUGAAUGACAUUUUAAUAUGCAGUGCCCCAUUACCAAUUUUCCAACCCUAUCCAUCGAAAUCCCUACAGAUUGCAUCCAUUAUAAUUCUGUGGAUGGUUUUACAUCAUAGAAUGUUUUGUGGAGGAAUAGACCCUUCAUCGAUCAUGGGAACAGUUAAUGAAAUGAAGGAAAUCCAAUCAAAUUUCAAAGACAGAGCCAAAGAAAAAUUGAAUAUUUAUAUUAAUGCAUUAAAAUUUGGUGUUCAUGAGUUCCCUUUAGUUCCAAGAGAAUCAUUUCCAUCAUAUGAAUUACUUGGAUUUGGUGUACAUUUGAUUCCACAAACAAAAAGCUAGUUUUUUGUGAUACAUGUACCUGUAAGUUUGAAAAGUUUAGAACUUUCAAAUUAGAACAUGUACAUGUAAAUUGUGAAGGUACAUAAAGAGAUCAGCUGGCCUACAAAUUAUUCUUGAUAUUUUUAUACCUGGAAAGAUGGACAAUAUACAGUGAUUGGUCUUCUUAGACAAAUGUGAAUUGAAAGUCGUCUUGAAUUCUUUGUUUUUUAAAUUGUUAACAGGUAUUUUGGAGGUUAAAUCACCUGUGUCAAGCUUGUGACAUGUGACAAACUGGAUAUUGUAACUGUAUUUACUUAAGCCUUUGAGUAUUCAUGUAUCAUAGAAAGAAAA